AUGGAGUGGCGGAGAAGGCAGCAACAACAGCAGCAGCAGAAAGAGGGAAUGGCUCUCAGUAGUCGUGGCAUUCUCAUCGCCGGGGUGACGAAUCGCGCGCGCACACAGAUGGCGGAGGCUAUUCUGCGCCGCAUGACGGCAGGUGCAGUAUUCAUCAAGAGCGGCGGCGUGCACCACGAGGCGACCGUUCACCCGCUCGCCGUCAAGGUGAUGCACGACAUCGGCAUCGACAUCAGUGGCCAGUCCGUAUCGUCGCUUACGAGCGCACGGAGGCAGCGAGACACGUACGACGUGUACGUCAGCAUCGACAGCAGCUACGAGCGCAAGAUGACAGAUAAGUCGCAGCGGCCCACGGGCGAUAUUCAGCGGUGUGCGGCGGCAGACGCACAUGAUAACAACAACAAGAGAAACGACGGUCAAUGCCAAAACCUGAAGGGCGGCCACGACAAGAACGGUGGUGGGGAGGAGGAGGAAGCGGUCUACUAUGACCCGCUCCUCGUCCCAAGCACCCCGUCGCACUGGAGCAUUGGCGCUGACGCCACGGAUGUGCGGCGCCACUGGCAGGUGUGGAGCCCGCGCGACCCGAGCAUCUUCCACGAAACCUCCACGCGCAAGUUUCAGGACCACCACUACGAGGGGGAGCCGCUGUUCAUGCAGCUGCGCGCGAGCGACAUGCGAAACCGGGCAAAGGUGUCGGAGCGGUGGGAGAUGGACGAGCUGGCCACGCGCUACGCGUUGGAGCGGCACAGCGAGCACGAGGCCCGGUUUGUGCGGGCGCGUGAGACGCUACUUUGGCGGUGCGAAGCGUUGCUGCGGCGGCUCGAGGGGCACUACGGCGAGCGCCUGCUGCUGGACGGCGGGGUAGAAAAGCAGGCGUCCGGGCGCGGAGCCCAGGACACAAUGGAAUGA